AAAGCCUUAAAAAAAAGUGUUUGUCUCCAUCUGCUGCUGCUGUCCGGAAAGAGUGAAACUAAUUUAAGUGUCAUGAGUCUUAAUCGAGUAGAUGUCAUAUUUUGUGAUCCCUCUGUUUACUCAUGAUAUCCUGCAUGAUUGUCCUCAUUACCGUCCUUUAACCAAAAGGCUGGCUUAAGGUCCUGCAUUCCUCACAUUCCUGUCCAAAGUUGUGCUCGGGGAGCAACACUGAUGUGGCAUUAUAUGAACUCGGCUUCUUAGGAUGGAUUUAAUUCCCUGAAGACUCUGUUAUAGCUCACUUUAUCGCUCCUUACCAAACCUCUUCUUUUGACCUAUCUACUACAGCCUAAUGUAGUAGCAUACUUUGUGUUACGGUAAUAUAUGAUUUUCAUCUCCCUGUCAUGAGAGAAAAAAGUUAAAUUCCUCACAUACAAGUAAGUUUAACAACUAAUGAUCACGUCAACGGCUUGUCCUUUGAGCGGACUUUGUUCGUUUGUCUUCAAACCAAGUUCUGUCUCAUUAGCCGUUUGAAGAGAAGGUUAACCUCCUUUUUCACAUUUCCAUUAGUACCUCUAACGUGCAGGGAGGAUCUCCUCUCACUCCCGCACACUGAUUACGCAUAACCUUAUCACAGCGUGCUCCAAUGGAAAGGUUCAGACUCUAGCUGCCUCGGGUCCGUCCCGUAUAGACGAUGUAUGGGAUAUUAAGGCCUUCCUCUCGACAAGUUCUGGUUGUUGGUCUGUGUUUGGGACUCCUACUUUAAGACACUCUUGGAUUUGUUUUUAAAACAAGAUUGAAAGAGAUAUAGUUUGUCAAAGUAAGAAGUGGAUGUUUCCAGUUAAUAUUUUCUGAACUUUUCUCUGAACUAGUUUUCUUAAGAUACAGCUUCAAAUUGGCAACUGGCAAAAAACAAGUUUUAAUAUAACAAUUCUUACCCAUAUAGUAAAAAUAAAUCUGUUGUCGUUGUAAAACAGAGGUGCUAAUAUCUGAUACAAGUGUUCUUAGUUCACGAUGCAUUUCAUAGUUUAAAGGGACAAACCCUGGAGAGUCAUUAGAGACUGUCACUUCCUCUUCUCCGGCUUUGAGCUCCACCGUGGAUCGGUUCACCUUCCUCUUCUCCGGUUACCUCACGCUGCAGACUCCGCCCCUCGCCCUUCAGGGAGUAGUGUUUUGUCAGUCUGUGAAAUGUUGCUAGCAGGGGGCCCGCCGCAUUGCAAAUCCCUCAAAGCGCGCCUGCUGUGAACUUUGCCCCGGGAAAAAAAUAAAUAAUCUGCUCUCUGGAAUGAAAGGCAUCUGCUGGAUUGACUUAUUGGCCUACCGUGUUUAUGAAGUCGGAGCUCCCAGAAGGGAGGGACCGAGGAACUUAGCGAGUGCGUUUGUGUUUUAAAGGGAAGGAAAGAGGGAGGAAGCGUGGAAGAGACCAAAUCACUGAAGGCUGAAGGGUGGGGGAGAGCAGGACUGUUGAGGCGAGAGACCAAACGACACAAGUGAGCAGUCAAGGCGGUCUUGAGUUACAGACGCUCUAUGUCUGGUUGGAGAAGGGCGAGGUGGCGUUAGGUUUUCCUCUCCUGCCUCUGGCCUCGGGAGAGGCGGGCCGGCUGGGCCGGGAGCUGUAACAUGGGAAACGGCGCGAGCAGCGAGACUGUGGCCCGGCAACCAGCCCCACGCAACACGGAUGAUGAGGUCGACCUGCAACACGGCACCACAAAGGGCGAAGAGGGAAGCUCUGGUGGGGGAACGCCUCCGACCAAACGCAAAGGCAAGUUCUCCAAAAUGGGGAAGAUCUUCAAGCCCUGGAAAUGGAGAAAGAAAAAGCCGAGUGAUAAGUUCACCGAAACGUCGAUAGCCUUGGAAAGAAGAAUUUCCGUUCGAAAAAGUCGCCAAGAGUUGGUCGCCAGAGGGGUUUUAAAGGAUAUCCCAGAAAACGAAAGCAAUGUUAACCACUCCAAAGUUCCGCCAGUAAAAAAUGGGCACCCUGUGCCGAUGGACGUGGACAAGUUGUCUGAACAAGGGGUGCGAGUAUCUCGAGGGGAAUCUGACAUCAAGGUGACUUCGCUCAGGCCGCCCCAAGUAGAUGACCGUCGAGGCCGAGUGCCGUCCGACGCCUCUCGCAGUAACCGGGCGCCCCUCGACGUGGACUCUCACGCACGUCUUGCCGUGGACGCAGACAGACGGAGCCGUCUUCCGUCGGAUGUCGAUAAGAGAGGAGGAUCGUUACCCCGAGGACCUCCGCAGGACGACAGACACCGCAGAGAAGAGAGGCGCGAUGGGAAAGACGACCGGGAGGACAGAGGAAGGAAGAACAGGGAAGACGUAGAAAGAAGGGACUGGCGAGAGGAAAAGGAAAGGGAUGGGGGAGUCGACCGCAGGGAAAGGCGAGAAUGGAAAGACGAUAGAGAGAGGAAAGAUGAAAGAACAGAGAGAGACAAUAGGGAAAGGAGAGAUCGGGAGGAGAGGGAAAGGAAGGAUCGCGACGAGAAGGAAAGGAAGGAUCGCGACGAGAGGGAAAGGAAGGAUCGCGACGAGAAGGAAAGGAAGGAUCGCGACGAGAGGGAAAGGAAGGAUCGCGACGAGAAGGAAAGGAAGGAUCGCGACGAGAAGGAGCGCAGGGAGCGCGACGACCGAGAAAGGAGGGACGACAAAGAUAAGGAUCGGCGGCUCGAUGCGCGAGGCGAAAGAGACGAUCGGGACAGGAGAGAUGACCGAGACAAGCGAGAAGACAGAGAGAGGAGAGAGGAUAAAGACCGAUCCGAUGCCAAGAGAAAUGAAAGAGAGCGACGAGAUGAGCGGGAGAAGAGGGAGGAGAAGGAGAGGAGAGAAAAGCCAGAGCCUCAGCGGCCUGUGGACAACAGGCGGGAGGUCGUCAGGCCCGUCUCUGAGAUGGACUUGAGACCUUCUCUGCAGAAGUCGUCCUCAGAGGACAACAAGAGGGCUCGCGCAGUCUCCGAGGCCGACCAGAGGACGACCCUGCCCCGAUACAGCCAGGCUCCACAGUUCAGAGAACGCUCCGAGUCCGCUGGCGUCCGCUUUCCCUCCGACCCUCGUCCACCGAAAGACUCCCAGCAUGAACACUCAUCAAGCAAACAAGCUCUGCUGCCCCCUAAAUGUCUCACCACAGCUUCCACCGAGUACGGCAGGAGUCCCGCCUCCUCUUCUUCUUCGUCGUCGUCGUCUGCCUCUUCCACCUCGUCGUCCUCCUCUUCUGUUCCCAUAGCUGUGGUCAAGCCCCCGCGGACGGUCUCCCUCAUCGCCGAGGACCCGACUCAAUCCCCCCUCGCUGCUCGUUCCUCAGCCGACGCCGUCGUGCCGCCGCCCGUCCCGCCCCACGCCAAGCAGGCUCCCGUCCCCCCGCCCAAACCCGGCAACCGCAACAGCAACCCUGCACUAAUUGCGUCCUCAUUGAACAGAGGCUCUACGGUCAGGCAGCCCUGCCACUGGACCAGCUGGACACGCCAGAGCGAGCUCGGCCUCUACCUUUCUCUCCCCGUGUACACGCGGCACAGGGCCGUCCGGGCCCGCUCAGCUGCUGAGGUCUUGCAGCCCGGCAGCGGCGUCGUCACAGUGCCGGCGCCCGCCAAGCGCUCGCCACCGACGCCACCCAAGAGGAUGACCCCUGUGACCAAACGGCAUACCGUGGACCCAGAGCUUCACAGUCCGGACCCAGAGCCUCCCACCGCUGACCAAGCGUCUGCCCCCGCACUAGUGCCCCCUGCUGUCCUCAAAGGAGAUGGCAAUGAGGACAAAGCGAACGCAGCAGCGACUCGAGGCUUCAUUGAGUCUCUGCCGUCGCCACCGUCCCACAUACCGCCGUCUCCUCCCAGGGUUCAGUCCCUCCAGCCACCCAGCAACUCCUCCUCUGGUCCCGCGCCCGACGUGAAGACCGAUCCCCCCAGCCCCACCACCGAGCCUCCCGGCCAGCUUCCGGCCGUCCCCCUGCACAUCCUCAUCCAGAGAGCUCUGGCCGGCCCCAGCCCAGCGACGCCCAACCCCAACGACUCCCAGAGGGCCUACUCGCUCCUCUUUGAGUCUCCUCCAGAUUUCCUCACCGAGACUCACAGACACUCUCUUCCUGUCACCAUUGAACCUCUCAGGCUGCAAGAAGACGAUGACUUUGACAUGGAGGAGGAGAUCCGGAAGCUUCAUCCUCAGAGGCCUCCUCCCCAGCCUGAGCUGGAGCCCCGCAGCAGGAGGGGUUUAGUAGGAGACCUCAGAGUGAGUGUCAUCCAUGAAGGCGGAGGCCCCGGGGACAGCGAGGAGUCCGACUCCGACGGCCCCAUCCUGUUCAGAGAUGGCGACGACGAUGACGACGACGACGACGACCCCCCGACAGGUGGGCUGGCAAGUCGUGUGAAGAGGAAGGGCACGUUGGCCCUGAGGAUGGAGAGACGCGAGAGGGAGGAACGGGAAUCUCAGGAGAACCAGGACAGCAUGAGCUGGCAGAACCGGGAGCAGUGGACGGCAGUGAAGACCAAGAUCAGCUCGGCACUGACGAGGCGGCUGAGUCAGAGACCCUCAGUAGACGAGUUGGAGCAGAGGAACAUCCUUCAAGCCAAGAAUGAAGAUGACCGACGAACGGAGAGAUCUGAGAUCAAACGGAGGCUGACGAGAAAGCUGUCCCAGAGACCCACAGUGGCUGAACUCCAGGAGAGGAAGAUCCUGCGUUUCCACGAGGACGUCGAGAGCACCCACGCCCACGACUACGACCGGCGGGCGGACAAACCGUGGACCAAGCUCACUCCCGCUGACAAGGCGGCCAUCCGCAAGGAGCUCAAUGAGUUCAAGAGCUCGGAGAUGGAGGUGCACGAAGAGAGCCGGAUCUACACCAGGUUCCAUCGGCCUUAGAGUGUCCAUGCUGACCAGUACAGCACUUGGACUGGGGACCAGUGCGGAGUUACUCUCCUCACUGGGAGCCGAGCAUGUGGCCCAUCUGGUUAGUUCUCACUGACCGCCUGCUCGUCUGCCGCAGCCGCAGGACACUCCUGUCGCUGAUUACUGGGAACCAAAGCGAAAUAUGCCACGAAAACAGUUGAACCUACGGUAGUUUCCUCAGAGAGACUCCGGUUCUCGGGCCGAGGAGGUCGAGACGGGAGGAGUUUGUCGGCGCGUCCGCGACGGAGGAAGCCGUGUGCCAACACUGAAAGAGGGAGAACCCUUUAAUCUCAGGGCGAGUUGGAUUGAACAGAAAGGAAAACUGUCAGAGGGUCACCGCCCCGUGUCCCUCGGGGGGGAAACUAAAGUCCCCACCGUGCCUUCCCCUGCCUUCUAUUUCCUCCUCCUUGCGUAACAGGAAGAACCCCCGUAGCUCCCGUUGACGCCAUCGAGUCUGAACUCUUGUUUGUAUACAUGUUCGCGUUCGGUGCGACAAAUGUCGACCCCGCGACCGGCCUCGCGUGAUCUCACACACUAAUUUAAGGUUCACACGAAAUGUGAAAGCCUUCCCGUGCAGUAUUGUGCUUUCUCUGUAAAACUCGGCUCCGUUUGAAUCAACGGUUUGAGCCUCGUGUUUAACCCCCUCUGGCGCCGAUUCCGACCUAAUAUCUGAAAGUUUGCAUCUUACUGUAUUUUGUUGAUCGUUUAAAUGAUUCUCAUGGAGCACGUAUCGCAAGAAAAAAAAUUCUAAAUAAGGCACUUUACGUUCCUUAAUUGGUUGUGUAGAGAAUUAAAAAGUUUCCGAGCCUAUAAUUCUGUUCAUAAUUGAAUUAUUCAAGCAUGAAAAUGUACAUAUUUUUAUUUUCCUGGCUUGUUUUAUGGUACUUUAUAUAUGCAAGUCCACAAUCGGCUGCAGUUGUAUAGAUCAAUAAUGUAGAUGCGAUUGACUUUAUAUUGUACAUCCACAGUAAUGCUGACAUGUUUUAAUUGUAAAGUAGUCAUGGUACAAAAUGUUUUCUUUCUUUUUUGAUACUGAGAUCUUUAAAACGUUAUUUGCAAAGCACACUGGAUAAAUUAACAAUCCACUACGGAAAAUAAAAUAACCUGUGAUUUUCAUUUCAA